AUGAAUAACAUCAUUCGAUUGGAUGUCGUUCAGUUUCUGAUCGAGAGCGAUCCAAACACGAAAUUUAGUUUGACCACCGCUGAUACUGAAGCACAAACAUGCUUGUCUCGUGCAAAAAAAAAUCCGAAAUGCCCACGAGAUGUUACUCAUUAUAUUCAACGACAGUUGGAUGGUAUUCUCAAUCAGAUUCCAAUUACUCAGCCUCAAAUCGAUCCAAACGAAGUAAUCACUUGGAUUCGUCGAGGUGCUGACAUUGAAGCGAUCGACGAGAAACGCAAUACUGCUCUUUCCAACGCUGUUAUUACCAAUAAUUUAGCACUUGCCGAUGCUCUUGUGUCAGCUGGCAGCAAUAUUGCACAUGAAAAUGGCGAUCGUCUCACACCUUUACAAAUUGCGAAGAAAGCUACACCAAAAAAUCCUCAAUUAAUCGCCGUUCUAGAAGCGCAAGGAGUGAAUGUUGAACUAAAGCGUCUAAUUGAAAUAAAAAAAUCACAAUUGACUAUCGACGAGGUCCAUACUGUGCUCGCAAAUGGAGCCAAUAUCAAUGCAACCUUUACCAAUAAAGAUUCACCUCUUCAUCUAUUGAUAUCUAAUAAAGGUAAGCCAGAAAUGGUGGCUGCUUUCGUGAAUGAUUUCAAUGCUGAUUUAUCAGCAAUGAAUACAAACGGGCAUCGACCUAUCGAGACAUGCAUUCUGCUAGACGAAGAUCCAUUUGUUUAUUUGCUGACACUUUUCAAGUUGCCAAAAGUGACCCUAGACUUAUUUCAUAAUCCGAGGUUGAACAAAACUCUUCUACAGUUCGCCAUUGAUGAACAACGUGUUGGAGCAGCAAAAAUAAUUCGAGAUGAAUUAAAUAUUCGUUUGUGGAACUGUAUGGCGCGCACUAACACCAAAGAGGAUAACAACGAAACUAUUAUGAAAGAAUUCAGCCAGUUGAUCGGAUGCGGUGCUCAGAUUAAUCAUCAACAUGAAGACAAAGAAUAUAAAUGGUGGACAGUUCUACAUUUAGCAUGCAAAACAAGCACAAAACAAGUCGUUCAAUAUAUUAUCAAACAUUUGGGAGCUGAUUUUACCUUACAGAAUCAUAAUGGUGACUAUCCCAUUUCUAUUGCCGCUGAGUAUGGCCAUCUGCCGAUUGUUGAAUAUUUGCACAGCUUGCCAAAAUCAAGUGUGAACGUAGUCAACAAAGACCAGCAAACAGUUCUGCAUUUAGCGACGAAAAAUCACCAUUUACUUGUUGUCCGAUAUCUUGUAAAGUGGGGUGCCGAUCAUCAAGCCCAAAACAACUCAAAACAAACUCCACUAGAUAUAGCACGUGCAAAUGCAUCCAAAACUAAAGAAGAAGAAAUGAGUGAUAAAAAAUUGAUUCAAUUUCUCGAACAACUGAUUUGUCCACCGGUGGAUGAUCUAGGCCAACAAUCAUCGAAAGCAAUAAAAUCCAGUUCUGACAUUGACACGUGCGAACUAGGGACGCCAGUGGUCAUCAGUGAUAUUCAAAUAAGUACUGAAGAUACUGAUGAAGCUUUGAAAAAACAAAUUAAAGGCUUUUUGUUCGGAAGUCCCAACAAUAAUUUGCACGAUGCCGCUAAAACCGGAGCCCUCUGGAUGGCUAAACAAGCCAUUGGUCAAGGAGCUGAUAUUCGUCAUCGAAAGGGAAAUCGUACUCCAUACGAAGUGGCACAAAUAUCCAUGAAGGAAUAUAGCAUUAAGCUGAGUUCUCCAAUGCUUAGUUUAGCAGAUCGUCCACGUAUUCAAACGAUGGCAGACGGUUGUCAACAAAUUGCAGAUAUGAUUCGACAGAUCGCGCAAACAAAAGUAGUCGAAGCUAUUGACCAGUCGAAUGCAGGCCUUGUCGUGGCCUAUCAUCUAGCAGGGGCACCACUUACUGAUAAGUUAUUAUACAGAGCUUGCAGUGUAUCAGACAAUGUCGAAAUUGUCGAUUAUCUGAUUAACCAAAGUAUGGAUAUUUAUCAAGUUAUGAUCAAUGAUUCGUCAUCUAACUGUCCAUAUCGAAUUGCAAAAAAGAAAAAAUUCAGCAAAGUUGCUACGUAUCUCAAAUAUCGAUUGUCACUUGAAUGCACAAAAGCCGUGAAAGAAAACAAUUUUGAGAUGGUCAAGAAACUAGUGUGUAGUGGAGCCAGUGUCGAUAUGCAAAAUACGAAUAAUCUAGAUGAAGCAUUGCAACAUCAAAACGCCGACUUGAUUCAGUUUCUCUGCCAGAAUGGAGCAAAAAUGCCAUCAGAGUGGCUUUCUGAAAAAACUAUGCAGCUAAAAUCAACUUUUUCGAAACAGCUGAAACCCGAGAUCGCUCUUUGUAUUAAUCAGUCUCUAAUCAAUCGGCGAUUACGACUUGCAGCUGCCAGUGGUGAUUUCAAAAGCGUGAUUCAAUGUCAACACCUGGGUGCUGACAUUAAUUCAACCAAUUGUCAUGGUUCAACUGCACUGUUAUGCACAAUUCAACAUGGAAAUUAUUUUCGAAUCGUUCAUGCGCUCGUUUCGUGUGGUGCAUCAAUGUUACAUUCGAAUGAUGAUGAACCGAUGUCCCUGAUCGAUAUCGCCAAAACGCGAAACUAUAAAAAGAUCACCAGCUAUCUAUCCCACGAACUGAAUAUACAAUUUAUGUCCGCGAUUCUCAACAAUGAUCGAGGAAGUGCGGAAAAAUUUGCACAGCUAGGCGCUGAAUUCAACUACCAAGAUGAACAAAAGCGUACGGCAUUACAUUAUGCUGUGCAAUAUCAUAGUGUCGAUCUUGUAACUUGGUUAUGUGAAUGUGGUAGUACUCCGACAAUUUGUGAUAUCAAUGGCGAUUAUCCAAUAAUUCAAGCGACUGAGAAAGGUGACUAUGCUAUGGUAGAACUUUUUGUAACAAAAUAUCCGGCUACAAAAAGACAAACAAACAAAGCUGGUCUGACUGCUUUGCAAAUUGCACAAAAACUCAAAUUUGCACGUAUAGCUGAGCUAAUUGAAACUGGCAAAGCUGUACCGCAAUCUUCAAAACAUCCAGACGAAAACAAUAAUAAACCUAAGUACGAUUAUGAAACACUUGCACAAGCAGCUUGUAAUGGUCAUGUCAAAAUUAUUCAGGAGUUUAUCGACGAACGUUACGAAUCAAAAGAGGAGAAGAGACGCUUAUGCUAUGAAUUGAUUCAAGUAGCAAAAACGGCCAAACAAUUUCAAAUUGUAGACAUUCUCGAACCUUAUUACAAUACGAAACUGAGAACUCAACUAGCAUCGGAUAUGGGAAUAGGCAGUUCCGUUAUAUUGGGUGAACAUUAUAAGAGAAUCUUGCUGGGAUUUUUGAGUGCACUUAGCGGUAUUAUUGCCGAUAGUCCAGUUGUGCUCGAUCCUGCCGAUCCCAAUACAUACAGAGACCUUUUCUCUGAUUUGACGGCGAAUGUAGCAAAACGUUCGCAAGAAUUACAACGAGUCACUAGUGAACAAGAUGUGAAGAAGCUAAUUAAUCAAGAUGAGACUAAUACAAAGGAACGGUUAACAAAAAUUAAUGAACAAUUACAGCAACUGCUGGAAAGUAAAAACUCUUUAGAAGCUCGUAUUCAAGAUACUGAUGAACGCCUUUUCAAACAACAGCGUCUCACAGCUUUACAACGGAAAGAACUCACCAAGGAGAAAGAAGUUUAUGCGCAACAAUUAGCUACUUAUGAAUGUUCAAUAUUUUUAUUUCAACGUCAACAAGAAGCUACAUUGAUUAGACAAAAAACGAUCGAUUUCAUCAAAGCCAACACAAAUUUGAUAAUGUUCUAUCGAAUUAUAGAGAAUCAGUUGGACGCUUUGUUUCUCAGUGCUCUAGCCGCACAAGGUGGCUAUUUGAAAACGGAAACAACUAUGAAAUCUAGUGUGACAGGAACAAUAGUCAAUAUGCUGCCAACGAAAAUUCCUAUAUUAAAUGUGGCAUCAGCGAGCAUAAAAGCAGUACUUGGUCCUGUGCUAUCCAAACUUAACGAAAAAGAACAGAAGAAAGAAUGGUACAAUAUUUCAACGUUGGGCAAUGUCGAGGAACUCCGGCGUAUUUCAUCGGACACAGCUGGUCUUGUAACACUCUACUACAGAGAACAAAUUCAGUCCAUUGAUCCAUUGCAAAAGAUCAAGGGUAGUAAUGUAUUCAACGACAAGAUGCAUUGGUUGAAACAAGUCUAUGAUGUUCGACCAGAAAGUUCUGAAGAAAUCGCUGUUGUUAUGGUUGCUGAAUAUGUCACCGCUUGGAUAAUUGAUGGACUCAAAGCAGGCAUGGAUAAGAUCAUUCCCACUGAACCAUUGCCACAACAACUUUGGUUACACGUAGCUAAGAAUGAUCCCACUGAUCAGAGAAAAAUGACCAAAAUAACGGAUGUUGUUGGAAUUUCGGCCGGACAACAGAGAAUUCCGUUGAAGGUGAGGAAUUAUUUUGGAGAUGAAAUUAGAAAACAAGUACAAUUACGCUAUCUAAUUGGUUGCGUUUCGGUUAUUGGUAGCGACGGUAGUAUUUAUCAAUAUCCCACACCAACAAAAGCCUGUGACAAUGAACUAGAAGAUUUGGAAGUAUUCGGCUAUGUCUACGUUGCACCGUUUUCAUCGGAUGACAAAGCAUUUCAAUCGAUUGUCGAAGGACGAAAGUUAGACUUAGCUAAACGAGAUAAACAUGGAAAUAUUUUAACGAGAUUCGCAGAUAUUAUUGAGUAUGCACAAACUUAUGCCAGUCAAAAUGAUCAGCAUGAUGGUAAAUCAUUGAUUACAAAAGAAACAGCUAAUCAAAUAGCUGAAGUGCUUCGUGAAAAGAAGAUCUUUCUCGACUCAAAGGAUGUGAAAGAGGAAUUGAGAAAAGCACGAGAAACAAUCGAACUAAGUGUCGAUGUUUUACGUGAAGAAGUUCAAGAAAAAGCAUGCUUUUAUCAGACGUCGAUCGAUGCUGCUCAUGAGCAAAUAAAACAAGAAUCGAAAACAAAUCGAGAAACAAUGAAAACAGAUAAUGAAAAACGUUAUGAUGAAGCAUGGAAUAAAUUGAACGAACAAUUUCGAGAUACCGAAAAGCGUUUAGAACAACUCAUUGCGAAGCUUAUGAACAAUAUUGAAAAACAAAUACAAGAGAAAACCCAAGAAAUCCUGAAAAUUGCCGAAUCAGCGAAGACUCAGUCAAUCCAAGCAGUUGCACAAGCAAAUCAAGCAAUUGAAACUAGUCAAAGAUCGGUACAGAAAGCAACAGAAGCUGCAGCCUCUACUCAAAAGAUUGUACAAUGGGCAGAACAACGAAGUCUAGAAUUCCAAUCGACACUCAAGACUUGUGAGACUACAUUCAAGCAAGAAGCUGCUGCACAAAAAGAAUUCUGUGAACAAACAAUCUCGGAUAUGCGUGCAAAAAUCGAGCUUGACUUUGAACGUGCACGAAAAGCAGUUAAUGAAUCGGCUGCAAAUGCUGAAGAAUCAACACGAAUUGGUCGAGAAUUAAUAGCAACCACACAAGAUGUUCAACAUUUGGCGAAAAACCAACUCGAGGUUCAAAAGAAAGAAACUCUAAAGACAAUAGCAGAAGCUAAGGAGGUACGACAACAAAGCGAAAGAGCAGCGGCGGAGGCUAGAGAAGCGGAGAAACAGGCUAAGCGAGCUGCAGAUGCCAGCACAGCAGCACUUGAUAAAAUGAACAGCAUGUAUGAAAGAGUACAAAAAGCGCUCGAACGAAUAGAAAAGUAA